GUUUCCGUGGCUGAGGAGCCGGCGGCGGCGAGGCAGGGUUACCACCAGUUCGGGGAAGUUUAUUCUCGGCGGCUCCGGAAGGGGAUGAGGCGAUGUUGAAGCCGGGAUGGAGCCGUGACCAGUGAUCGGAGGGAGCUGCUGGCAUGGAACCAAACUGUGUUUGUUUGUGGGAACUGUAAGCAAGAUUUGCUCAAGGCAACAGUGAAAAGAUUUCAGGUGAUCUUCAAAGAUGGCCUGUCCCCUACUCGUUAAGCAGGUUGCCAUCACGAAAGCCAAAGUGGAUUUCUCCGGUGUGGUGUGCCUGCCCCCUUCCGCCAUUGCUGGAAAUGGGCUGGACGGAGGAGGGGCUGGCGAAAAUGAUGAUGAACCGGUGUUGGUGUCGCUUUCUGCGGCGCCAAGUCCCCAGAGCGAAGCUGUUGCCAAUGAGCUGCAGGAGCUCUCCCUGCAGCCCGAGUUGACCCUGAAUCUUCACCGUGGCCGAAACCCCAAUCUCCCUCCGCUAAGUGAGAGGAAGAAUGUGCUGCAGUUGAAGCUCCAGCAGCGACGGACACGGGAGGAACUGGUGAGCCAGGGGAUCAUGCCGCCUCUGAAAAGUCCAGCUGCAUUUCAUGAACAGAGAAGGAGCUUGGAGCGCGCCAGGACAGAGGACUAUCUGAAACGGAAGAUCCGGUCCCGGCCAGAGAGAUCGGAGCUGGUCAGAAUGCACAUUCUGGAAGAGACCUCAGCUGAACCCUCCCUGCAGGCCAAGCAGCUGAAGCUGAAGAGAGCCAGACUGGCAGACGACCUCAACGAGAAGAUAUCCCAGAGGCCGGGUCCCAUGGAGCUGGUGGAGAAGAACAUCCUUCCUGUGGAGUCCAGCCUGAAAGAAGCCAUCAUUGUUGGGCAGGUGAACUACCCAAAGGUUGCAGACAAUUCCUCUUUUGACGAGGACAGCAGUGAUGCCCUGUCCCCAGAGCAGCCAGCCAGCCAUGAGUCCCAGGGAUCUGUACCAUCACCGAUGGACGCCCGGAUUGGUGAGCCGCUUCCCAGCACCACUGUGUCAUCAACAGCUCAGGUUGUGUCCCAGUUACAGAUCAAUGCAGACUCCAAUGAAACACCUUUCCUACCUGAACAGCCACUCCCUCCUCUUCCACCACCACCUCUGCUGCCUCCUAGCUUCGCCAACAGAGCCACUAUUCCUGCUGCCAAGCCCCCACCAACGCUCAUUAAGCAAAGCCAGCCCAAGUCUGCCAGCGAGAAGUCUCAGCGCAGUAAAAAAGCCAAGGAAUUGAAGCCGAAAGUCAAGAAGCUUAAAUACCACCAGUACAUCCCCCCGGACCAAAAGCAGGACAAAGGGGCUCCCCCCAUGGACUCAUCCUAUGCCAAAAUACUGCAGCAGCAACAGCUCUUCUUGCAGCUCCAGAUCCUCAACCAGCAGCAGCAGCAGCACUACAACUAUCAGACCAUCCUGCCAGCCCCACCAAAGCCUCCAGGAGAGCAGCAGAGUGGCACUAGUGCCCCUGCCAUGCGUAGUCUCUCUGCUACCGGCAGCAGCGCAUCUUCUGUAUCCUCCAGUUCUAGUGGGCUGAUGCGACAAAACAGUAAUGCCACAGUGGGCAAACCGGGCCCUCUCCCCACCAACCUAGAUGAAAUGAAGGUGGCAGAGCUGAAGCAAGAAUUGAAGAUGAGGGCGCUGCCUGUCUCAGGCACCAAGACGGACCUGAUUGAGCGGCUCAGAGCUUACCAGGAGCAGAAUGGCAGCCAAACAGCCAGCAAUCCCAAGCCCAGUGCAACAGCCAUCCUCCCAAAAGCUGCUGAGGUGGUGGUAGCCUUCCCAGCUGCUAGGCUGAGCACUGGGCCGGCCCUGGUCACUACUGGCAUUGCACCAGCAGAGGUAGUUGUGGCCACCGUCACUAGCAAUGGCAUGAUGAAGUUUGGGAGCACAGGCUCAACACCACCUGUUUCGCCCACCCCCUCAGAGCGUUCACAGAUGAGCACUGGGGAUGAGAACUCUGCCACUGGAGAUGCCUUUGGAGAGACGGUGACUUCGCCUCUGACCCAGCUUACCCUGCAGGCAUCUCCAGUGCAGUUCCUGAUGAAGGAAGAGAGCUCUAAGGCUACCUCCUGCAGCCUAAAUCCAGCACCCAGGUUGGAGCGGUGCAGCAUCAGCAGCAGCAAGGAUAUGGAGGUCCAGGAUAAAGAUCAGAUGUUGCAGGAGAAGGACAGGCAGAUUGAGGAACUCACCCGAAUGCUGAAACAGAAGCAGCAGCUGGUGGAGAUGCUGAGGCUGCAGCUAGAACAGGAGAAACGGUCUCAGCAGCCACUACUAGCCAUGGAAACCGGAGUAGUCCCUGCCUCUAGUCCAGUGGCUUUUGGCACCCAGAUUAAGAGUGAAAACGGUUUUCCGAGUUGCCAGUCUGCAGGGCCACCUGAUGGCCAAACGGAUCAAUUCAACCCUGUGUCCACCACUAGCCAAAUGGACACUUCAGAUCCAAGCUCAGUGCCAAAGAAAGCGGUGAUGGUGAAACAGGAGGUGCUGACAGCAGAAACAGAGCCACCAUGCCAGUCCCACACCCCGCAGCUCUUCCUUGGUCAGCAAGGGGGUCCCCUGAGUGACCUCAUCAAGGGGGCCCCUCCCCCUACCCUCAUCACAGAUUCCACAGGGACCCACAUUGUCCUUACAGUGACCAAUCAGAAUGCUGAGAGGCGGGGCCUCUCACCACAGGGGAAUAGCUGCACACCAUUGCAGUCGUCCUCACAGCCAGGUUCUCCUGCUGCCACUUCCCCAUCCCAGAUGGACCUUGAGCAGCAGCAGCAGCACCCAUCCCUUUUUGGGACCCCUUCACCUCCUCUCCCUGGCUCCUCGGUGCCGAUGAAAGAACCACCAGGCUAUGAAGAGGCCAUGAAGCAACAGCCAAAGCCCCAUGAGAAUGGCUGUUCGAGCCAACAGAUGGACGACCUGUUUGACAUCCUCAUAGAGAGUGGAGAGAUUUCAGCUGAUUUCAAGGAGCAGCCAUCUCCAGCUGGGAAGGAGACAUCGGUGUCUCCAGCAUGCGCCUCGCCGCCCAACAGCCACCAUUCCUCUGAGCUUCCCCUGCACAUGUCCCUUGGCCAUACUAGCUGCAUUAAUCCUGUCAUAGCAGGCCGGCUGGAGGACUUCCUGGAGAGCAGCACUGGCCUCCCCCUUCUGCCAGCAGGCCAUGAUGGGCCUGAGCCCUUGUCCCUGAUCGAUGACCUCCAUAGUGAGAUGCUGAGCAGCUCAGCCAUUCUGGACCACCCGCCUUCCCCCAUGGACACCUCAGAAUUGCACUUUGCCCAUGAGUCUACUGGGGGACUAGUCCUGGACCUAGCUGAGAGUAACUUGGACAGUAUGGACUGGCUGGAGCUUUCGGGGGGCCCUGUCAUGAGCCUUGCUCCCCUAAGCACUGCAGUCCCCAGCCUCUUCUCCACAGACUUCCUUGAUGGACAUGAUCUGCAGCUGCACUGGGAUUCUUGCUUGUAG